CUCUUCCCUUCACGUUCUAGUAACUGAAACUGAACUAGUAGUGUUGAUAAAAUGGAAAAGGUUGUAUGUAGUAUCCACGGCGGCGUGUGUAUGUUAAAAACCGGAUUAAAAGAUGGACCAAAUAAAGGCAAGAGCUUCUACGUCUGCGUUGACAAGCAAGGCUGUAAUUUUAGUCAGCAAACCAGCAUUUCACCAUCACACUGCCUCCAUCAUGAAGAUUCAAUGGUGGAACUCCAGGCUCUCAACUACAGUCAGCAAGAGCAGGGCUAUAGGUUGUUCUACCGAUGUGCUGUAGGUAAAAAAGCAGGCCAGAGGUGGUGUGGAAAUGUACCCUGGACUGCACCAGAAACAGAAAAGAGAAGCCCUCUGUCUGACACACAGCUUCAGCCCUCAUGUCUUCCACCUGUACGAAACCCCUUUAAGGCACCAAGCCAGACAGACAAGGACUCUGAGUGGAGAAAGUUGCACAACUAUAGACAUGAAGAGAGAGAAGCAAGUCACAAGGCUGAAGGAAGAGCAAAUUACCAGAAAGAAAAUGAAAGGCAACAUGGUGCAGGAGUGGAAGAAAAGGCAGAUGAUAAGCACAGGUCGUCGGAUACUUACCGCGGUAAACAACUUCCACCGGGGAUGAAGUUAAAAAAGAGAGUUUCAGAUGAGGAGAACAACAGUCCCAAAGAAAACAGUGUUGAAAAAAGAACCGAGAAGAUUCAAGACACGCCUGAGCAGAACCGCAUCAAGCAAGGAGAAGCAGAAAAGGGCAUUUCUUCCUCCAGCGUCACGACUGUUCAGUCAUUAAACAAACAUCAACUCAAAACAAUCAAUCAAACUGCACCAGUUUCUCACAGGAACUUGACUCAGCAACCAUCUGAUGCUGAAACCUCUCAGGUGAAAGAAACCAAACAAAUACUAGAAAACAGCAGCUGCACCCAUGCAUCCAGAGACUCUGACAGCAGCAGGAGCCCCAUACCUGACAAACCAACUCAGCCAGAGUCCAGUCAGCCCGACAGUCCCGAAAACAACGAUGAUGAUGAUGAUGUGGUACUGGUGUCGGUGAAGCCUGCUCCGCAAAAGACUCCUCCUGUUUCUACUGUCCAAAAGACACUGACCAACUUCCCAGGAUUCCAGCCAGCUUCUAACGUCAAAAAGCCGGUGGAAAACCCCAAAGGGCUGCAGAACCUGCUCACCGUUCAGCUCCAGCAGAAAAAGGCCACUCUAUCUUCAGUAAACUUGGAGGCGCUACCAGAUAAAGGAGAGAGGUUGAGGACACAGGUUAAAGAGCUUGAGGAAGCCCUGGAGUCACUGAGCCUCACUGCUGCUUCUCAGCCUGAGCCUGAGGAAGCGUGUAGCAGCACUGAUUCUGGUUUCAGCAACACUCAGAUGAAUCCAUUCAGCCGGCAGGGUGGGACCAUCCUGCUCCCUGCUCCUCCAGCCCCGGGCCUGCACCAUCAUCAGGCCUCUGGUGGCUCUCUGGAGCUCCAGCUGAGCCAGGGAGACUCUCAGAUGUAUGGAGCAUACCCACAGGCACAGACAUUUUAUGGGGGUAGAAUGACCAACGACCGUCUUCUGGCGGUGAAAAAUGCCACCUGUGAGGCCAUCGACCAUCUCCACAAGUCCCUGGAGUCCUGUCCUGAUGCCGAGGCUGAGGCCCCUGAUCCCAAGGGUAUCAAGGUGCCUCUCCUGCCCCAUCAGAGGAGAGCUUUGGCCUGGUUGCUCUGGAGAGAAACGCAGAGUCCUUGUGGAGGAAUACUGGCGGAUGACAUGGGUCUGGGGAAGACCUUGACCAUGAUUUCUCUCAUACUGGCCAUGAAGAUGAAAGCAAAAAAGGACAAGGAGGAGAUGGGAGAGAAGAAGAAGGAUAGCUGGUUAUCCAAAGCUGACUGCAUCCCUGUGUUGUCUAAGGGCACUCUCAUCAUCUGCCCUGCCUCCCUGGUGCACCACUGGAAGAAGGAGAUUGACAGACAUGUCAAGACGGGCAAGUUGACGGUGUACCUGUACCACGGCCCGAACCGUGAGAGAAGUGCCAGAGUACUGGCAGAUUACGAUGUGGUGGUGACUACCUACAGCCUAGUGUCCAAGGAGAUCCCGGUCCAAAAAGAAGAGGCCGAUAAACCCAACACGGAUAAGGACGAUGUGCGUCCAGGCUCAGCUCCUCUCCUGCGAGUGUCCUGGGCCCGCAUAAUUCUGGAUGAAGCCCACAGCAUCAAAAACCCAAAAGUGCAGACCUCCAUGGCUGUCUGUCAGCUGAGGGCAGGAGCCCGUUGGGCUGUCACUGGUACACCUAUUCAGAACAACCUGCUGGACAUGUACUCGCUGCUCAAGUUUCUGCGUUGUUCUCCGUUCGACGAGUACAAACUGUGGAAAGCUCAGGUGGACAACGGCUCCAAGAGAGGCAGAGAGCGACUCAACAUCCUGACCAGGACUCUGCUGCUCCGACGAACCAAAGACCAACGGGACAGCACAGGCCAACCACUGGUGUCUCUUCCUGAUCGGACUUCCGAGGUGCAUCGACUCAAACUUUCUGAGGAUGAGCAGGCUGUGUAUGAUGUGUUAUUUGCGCAGUCCAGAUCUACUCUGCAGAGCUACCUAAAGCAACACGAAGGAAAUGAUGUGAAGAAAGGAAGCACUUCCAGUUCUAAUCCCUUUGAGAAAGUGGCCCAGGAGUUUGGUUUGUCCCAGGCUGAUCCUGCUCUGUCGAGCUCCCAGCAGGCUAAGCAGGUGUCCAGCACCGUCCACAUCCUGUCCUUGCUGCUGCGCCUCCGACAAUGUUGCUGUCACCUCUCACUUCUUAAGAAGACUCUGGACUCAUCGGAGCUGCAGGGUGAUGGGAUCGUCUUAUCUCUGGAGGAGCAGCUCAAUGCUCUGUCGCUCUCCUCCAGCCCCUCGCCAUCUGGCCCUGAUCCCAAAGACUCUGUGGCCCUCAAUGGCACACGCUUCCCCUCGCGGCUGUUUGAGGGCACCAGCAAAAGCACCAAGAUCUCUGCUAUCAUCUCUGAACUGAAGGCGAUCAGAGAGAAGAGUAAUGAUCACAAAAGUGUGAUCGUGUCCCAGUGGACCAGCAUGCUCCAAAUUGUAGCAGUUCAUCUGCAGCUAAUGGGGUUAACGUACAGCGUCAUCGACGGGACCGUCAACCCUAAACGCCGCAUGGAUCUGGUGGAAGAAUUCAACACUAACCCAAAAGGACCACAGGUGAUGCUGGUUUCUCUUUGUGCCGGGGGGGUUGGACUGAAUCUGAUCGGUGGGAAUCACCUGUUCCUCAUUGACAUGCACUGGAACCCAGCUUUGGAGGAUCAGGCCUGUGACCGCAUCUAUAGAGUGGGACAAUAUAAAGACGUCACCAUCCACAGGUGACGCAUCAGCUUCUAACUGAA